GAAACAGGCCGCGCCGCCUCCCGCUCCUCGUUGUCCGUGGCAACCGCGGUAAUAAGCGUCUUCGCGCAGGCGCCCUUCGGCCUCUCCUCGGGCCGUUGCUGUGAGUGGCGGAGGCGGCCGCGGGCUGCUUGACUGUCUCUGCCCUUCCUCCAAUGGCGGCUUCCGCCGAGCUGAGCCCCUCAGUCGAGCGCUGGAGGAGACGCUACCUGGCCGGACAGGUGGGGCCCCUGCGGGCGGGAAUGCGUGAGGGAGGGUGGGCCGGCUUGCGUGUGUGUGUGGAACAGCUGCCUGGACAGGAGGGCAAACUGCAAAUGCGAGUUCUUCCAUUCACACGAGACGCGGGGUGGGACAGGAAUGCUGCCGGCUUCGCCCCCACCGUUCUCGUGUAGCACUUUAAUUCCGGCCGCUCACCUGUUCGGUUCUUCAGGUGCUGGGGGCUCCCGUCCCCCGGAAAAGCCUUCAGCCUGCAGACCUAAAUGUACAACGAUGAGUUGCUGUUUGCCCUGGGUUGGGAAGCCACUCUGCACAUGCCCAGAGGCAUACUCAGGCCCAGAGGGGGGCCCUGGCUAUUUCCAGCUGUUGAGGGGCCCCUGUCAUUAAACAAGCAAACAAAAAGAUGCACAAAACACUUAAACAGUGAGACUUAAUUCGAUUUCUUUGUUUGUUUGACAAAGGCUUUCCUAGCCUUUUUCUGUGCGCAUACACAAACUGGCAGCUCUAAACUGAGUGUGUGUGUUAAACAUUUGGUCCGAUAAAAACAAGUUGUGGAACUUUCUGACAGAUACUUGCCCCUUUGUAUGAAGACCAGUAUUUGAAAUGUCUGUCUGUAUUUACUCCCCCUUCUUAGUGUUCUCUUACUAUUGUGUGUGUGUGUGUACACACACAAACACACCGUUGGCUAAAUAUUUUGUUCAAGGGCUGGCUUAAGGAAAACACUUCUGAUUUCUUGUAAAGUUUUAAUGGAAAACCCUUUCCUGUUUAAAGGUGAAAUGUCACUUCAAAACAAUCAAAUAAACAAACAUUGUGUAACAGGCCAGCAUAUUUUUGAUGUUAGUAAUUAUAGAACAAAAUUCUUCUUUUAGAAUAAUUCUCUGGAUGGAGCACAGGCCAAAUGCAAAAGUAGAAGGUCCCUAAUAUCUACAGGUAAGGCAUUUUAAAAGGUGUUUGAUCUAUUUGUUUAAAAGAAUUCUUAUUUUUUUAUAUGAAAAGGUUAGGAAAAUAGAAUGGGGAUACAGUCUCUUACUGCAAGGACGCAUUUCUUUUCUUUGGCCUUUUCUGUCUGACCUUCCUAUGCCUUUUAAUCUCUUAUUCUCUCCUAAUUCUUUAGUUUCCAGCCUGCAGACAAGUACCCAUGCUACUGAACCUAGGAGUUUUAGGUGAAGCAGAAAGUUAAUAAUUUGGGAGUUUUAGACUGGAAGUAAGUCCCACUGAGAAGAUAUGGUUAGGAUUGUGGGCCAGUGCUCCCAUGCUAACAAACCUGGGAAUACCUUUAAGAGCAGGUGGUCUCGAUGUUUAAGUCAGAGAGUAGCUGUUCUAUUGUGUCAAAGUCUUGCGUUCCCAGUCAUUGCGCACAUCCCUUCCGGGGCUGAAAUUGGUGCGUGUUUCAGCGGUCGCCCAUCAGUUGGAUGCUUGCAAAAUGGUCACCGCCUGUAUACAAAAUAAGAGCUGCUGAUAAGCAUUUCUCAAACUCAUUCACUCUGCUGCAUUUCCUAUAGCAAGUGCUUCUGUGCAACAUGCUCAACACAAAAACUCUUCUCUCCAAUUCUCUAUGAAUUGUGGAGGUUGGGGGUAUUUUUUCCUGGCAGCAAGGUGUCUUUUUUGAAGUGGGGAGUGGACAGGUUGCUAAUCAUUAUAAUGGCUACAUAUUAAACCAGUUGCCAAUGCUGAAGACUUCCUAGGAUUUGCUCCUUCACCCAGAGUUCGCUCUCCCUAGUCCCAGAUUUGUGGAGACUAGCUCUUGCGAUUAGAUGCAUGUUUUAAGGUAUUAGCAGGGUUUUCAGGUACUCGUGCUGGGUACAUUAGCAGGGUGGCUCUGUUUUUCUAAUUAGCACAAUCCUAUGUUGUUUCCUUGCAGAGAAAAUGGACAGCUCACUUGAUGAUACAAUUGCAUCGUUACUCAAAUGCUCCUCAGAGUUAGAAUAUACUGGCAAUAGAAGAAAGCAAAAUACAAAGCGUUUUUCAGACACUUCAAAGAAUGUUAAAAACUUAAGUCGGUAAGAAAACCAUUUUACUCUUUGAGCCAGUCUUUUCUUUUUGCUGUAAAGCAUACCGCUGAGUCUCAUCAUUGUACUUUGGAAUAAUAUAUUUUAAGAUCUGAAAGUUUUAUUGGAUAUCCUUCCCACUGUACAAGGAAUGUGAACGAACAUUGUUUUAUACAGUGUGUAGCUUAAUGCAAUCAUUUUGUGUCUAUUAGGCAGGGUGAUGAGUUGGAUUCUUUAUAUGGCUCAAGUCAGCGUGACAUACAGCCUGAGUUCAUUGGAGAUUUUCCCAGAGACACAUAUUCAGAAUCAGGUAAUCACAUUCUUAUGAAUUCUAAUACAGCUCAAAGGAAAUCUCAUUUGAUAGCCCAUUCGCAGCUUGAAAUUAAAUGAAAUAUGUAACUGGCAGCUCAGCUGACAUACUGCAUGAUUUUUUUCUAGCACGUUUACUUCAGGAUUGGUAGUGACAUCUUAUACGAGGUAGUAAGUUACAGUUCAGACUAUGCCUAUGCCCCCUCUCUUAAAUCACAUCUUCACAGGUGAAGUUUUGUGUUAAAUUAGUUGGAAAGCAUGGUGGGUAAUUUACCCUCUCCCCUCCCCCCCCCCAUUACAUGGAUGCAACAGUGGCAAUGAUUGCUGUGCCAACGGGGGAAGCAUCUCUUCCGAAUUCCAGACAGGUGGGUGAGUAUCCCUUUGUUCUACUAUUGGAAGUAUCUUGCCUGGCUGGCCUGUGUUCUUCUACACAUGGGCAGCGGAACAUAACCCUGUGUUGCUAGCUACAUAACGGCUCUUUAUAUGCAACAAAGCAAUGUAUUGGAAGCAUUUCUAGUUAACUGCAUUUUUUUAUGUCCAAAAUUUACAACAGUAAGCAUUGCUCUCAGAGGAAGCUUUUUCCCCAUUUGAGAUGAACCAAAGUAUACCUCUAGACUGGAGAUCCACUUAGACUUCUGUUCUGACCAAGGCAGAAUAGUGCAGGACUAUUACUUCUCUUGACUGGGACACUAUACAUCUGUUGAUGCAGCCUAGAUUAACAUUAGCUUUUUUUGUUGCUUCAUCACACUGUUGACUCGUGAUAAGCUUGUAGUCUACUGUGACCCCAAUAUGCUUUUUGCAUGUACUGCUGGCAAGCCAGAUGUUCCCCACCUUAUAUUUGUGCUGCUGGUUGUUCCUGCUUAAGUGUAGAGCCUUACAUUUGUCCCUAUUUAAAGUCAUUUUGUUAGUUUGGGCCCAGUUCUCCAAUCUGUUGAGGUCGUCUUGAAUCCCAUUUCUGACAUUUGCUACCCCUCCCAGUGUGGUGUCAUCUGCAAAUGUGAUGAGCAGCCCUCAAUACCUUCAUCCAAGACAGAACCUUGCGGCACCCCUCUUGUCACUUUUUUCUAGGAUAAAGAGGAACCAUUAUUGAGCACUCUUUGGGUUCGGUCAGUCAACCAGCUACAAAUCCAGCUACACCAAUACGAAACAAAAACCUAAAAAACAGCAUAGAGCACACAAUUCCAAUAAUCAACUGCAGUCUAAAAUGCCUUUGCAUAGUAGCUGUGACAGCUUUUCAGAGUCUAAAGUGGUAGCCAGACAUCUGUCUGCCAAGUAAUAAGACAUUACAGCUUCAGGAUGAGAUUACAUUGAAUAUCAUGACUUCUCAUUCUGGACUUCUCAACAACAUUCAGUAGCUAUGGUAUCCUGGGCAGGUUCUGACACCCAACUACAGUUCCCCAUUACAUCUGAUUUAAAUGAGGCAGAGAACAUACUAAAUUGGUGUGUGGGAUUAGAAGCACUAAUGAGAACCAAGAAACUGAAGCUCAGGCUAGGCAAGGUGGAUGAUUUGAUGGUGGGUGCAUCGGUCAACUUCGGGGGGGGGGUCAUCCUUUUCUAGGACAGAUUCACAGUUUUCAGAGUGCUCCUAGAUAUGGCUAGGUAAACCUAUAGAUGAGUGCUUUGAAGGUCACUUCAGACUGGUUCACACAUUAUGUUGAGUACUUGAUGUAUUCUCAACAGAAGUAGAAUUGUAAAAUGGUCGAGUUGGAAAGGACCACGAGGGUCAUCUGGUCCAGCCGCUCUGCAAUGCAGGAAUCGUUUGCCCAACGCAGGGCUCAAAUCCAUGACCCCGAGAUUAGCAGUCUCAUGCUCUAAACAGAGGAAUGGUACACUGAGCUUCUGAGUAUGUCUGUGUCUGUUUUCACCCAUUAGACAUUACUCUGCCAUCCAGUUUGACAGUGACCACAUCUUGUGAUUACGAUAGUGGUGGUGAACCAGCAAGAGAGAGAGUGAGAAUUCUUGAAACCCAAGAACUAAAUGGGAAAAACUUGAUACCAUCUCAUUUCAGUCAAAUCUAUCGCGAAUUAUCUAUCAUACAUCAAAAGCUGCAGGUAAAAAUCAAUAAUGAUCUAUCAGUAGGUUUUUAAAAAAAAUUAAAAGUAGAAAUUUUAAUUUAGUGUACAUCAUGUAUGUUUUCUUACUGUUUUCUGUCCUGCAGUGGCAUGACCUUAUUUUUAAUACUAUGUUUCUGCUUUUCUAAUCAACAAAUUUUCCUGAAUUAUUUGAUUGUUUAGAUGUUGCAGUGCUAUAAACAUCAGUUUUAACCAACGUUUCCAGUUUUUUAUUAUUGAAUUUUACAUCUGUAUUAAAUUCCAUCUAUAAUGUGAAUAUUAAAGUAUGUAAAAUACUAUUUCAAACUGAGGAAAUUCAAUUUUUUUACCAAUGUUUGAUCUAGGCUGUCAUAUAAAAAUGAGUAACCUUCAGUACCAUAUGCAGCUAAUGUGGUUAUGACUGAGUUACUUUAAUUGCUUACUUCAGCCUUCUUUGCUAUAUACGAGCUUAUUAAAACAACCUUUAUUGUUACCAGUGAUCGGAAAAGAUUCAGCUCUGCCCUUUCAGGCCAAAGGUACGUUAAGGAAGGAAGGCAGACUAGCGCAUCUUUUGUGGAGUAGUCAUUUCUUCUGACACUUAAUUGCAGGGAUGACUUACAUUUAAAAAGAAAAUGCUGGAUUUUAUGAAAAUUUACUCACAGUACCACAGUUUGUGCUCCUCUUCUGUUCUGAUGCAGCAAGAAAAAUUAGCCCAGGAGGAAUAUGCUUUAAAACUUGAAAGACGUGAGCACUGUUUGGCGGAACGAGAGACCCUGCUUUGUAGACAUGAAGCUGCUUUGACCAAGAUAAGAAGCGUUGAGGAGGAAGUUCAUACAAAAUUUCAAAUUAUGAAAGAGGUAUGGUUACUUCUAAAAAUGCUUCUUUACCAGGGGAAAACGUUUCUGGCUAAAAUAUUCACAAAGGUGGGAAUUAUUCUCACAUCUCAGCUAAGAAACUCUCAUUACUUGAUACAUAGAAUUGUAGAGAUGGAAGAGACCCCAAGGGGCUUCUGGUCCAACUUCCUGCAAUGCAGGAAUCUCCACCAAAACAUACAUAAGCCUUGCUCUAGAGACUGAUGUAUAUUUUGCUCUAGGAGGCUUAGUUUGGUCAGAAUCAAAUAUACACUUCCAGAGUUAAUGCUAAAUACAUUACUUUGGGUAAAUGAGCCACCAUGGCCAUGGGGGUGUGUGUGUGUGCAAAUUUGUGUUCCAGGCUUUUUGGACUUUUCUACCUAUGUACUAUCUGAAACCAAAGGGACACAUUGGUUGCCAGAUGUGUGUUGUUCUUUUUUUUUUUUUAGCUCUCCUACCCCACUAACAGUGCACCAGAGGAAAAUACUCCUUUUUAGAUUACCGCUCUGUCAUAUUCUGUAUGCUGUAGUGCCGCAAGUACAAUUUCCCCCAGAUAAUUUAUGCGAUCAUACAAGUUUAUACUAAAGAAACAAUCUAAAUUAAAAUAAUUGCGCUCCUUUAUCGCUUACAAGCCACAUUCAAUCAUAUCACAGGGUUAUAAGUCAAGAUAUGAACAAGCUUGGUGCACCCACAAGCAGUCACUUUCAUCCUCUUAUUCUUGUCAGGCAGAAGACAAGCCCCCCCCCCCCCCCAGCUCUUGUGUAAAGUGUAAAGUGACUGGUUAUAGGGUCAGGAAGCUCAUACAAUCAUCCAGAUGUAGCCAUAGCAGCUAAUUAUGAAAAGGCAUAAGGAAGAGAACUGGGAAACAUAACAAGUAGCAUUUUGGAUGAUCAAGAGACAUAACAUCUGGCUAUUUAGGAGGGUGUUCUGAGGAGGGUGACUAGAAAGACAGAAGAAUGAGAUGGAUUGUAUGGCCAAAGCUUAGUCACUGGUAGUAUGGUGUAUAGACAUUAUCCAAAGAACCGGGCAGGAGGUAACUGAAGUGCUUAUAUCAGAAUUUGGACAUUCAAUAUAUAUAAGGUGUCAGGGAACUGCCAUCGGUAGGAAGGGAGGUGAAAGGACUCAGACAGGUUGGAAGAGACUUAGCAGCUGAAGAGGAAACCAGCAGGGGGAGAGAAGCUGAACUGAGGGAGGUGAAAGGGCUCAGACAGGUUGGAAGAGACUUAGCAGCUGAAGAGGAAACCAGCAUGGGGAGAGUAGCUGACCUGAGGGACAGGGAGCUGGGGGGAUGGCUCAGAGAUACUUCCAGCGAAAACAGUGGUGAGGUUUCCGGACCUCCUGUAGCGACACCCACUCCUCGCCGGAAACUGUCACGCAGAGAGUCCAGAAGACGUGUUUCCGUUAAGGAGCUUUUAUGUUGGAAGCGAUCACGAAAGCAACCACUGUCGGAAUCUUCUAGUGACUAAGAGGAGCCAUGUCAGAGGGGCUCAGUCACAGACAGAGGUUUGUGGACUUGAACAAACUCUGAGGGAAUACGAUUUUACGCACAAGCAGCUCAUAAUCCCAUCACAGCAUUCCGACAGUCUUUGAACGCAGCUUGUGCAGGAGAAGGCAUAAUGAGCAACCCAGCAGGAACCGGAGAAGCAGGGGCUGGAGCGGGUCCAAGCCUGGAAGAAAGGUACCGAGUGUUGGAGGUCCAGCUGGCGCUGCAGACGGCGAGGCUGGAGGAGAGGAGGGCUCAAGAUGCAGACAAAAGGGAGAAAGCCACCCAGCUCGCCAGAAAGGUACCAGGAUUGGUGCGCAGACAGUUAAUGGCUUGCAAACAGGGGAGCCGAUCUGUACGUGAGUACUGGACUGAGUUCACCAUGCUGAUACACAGAUUGGGGUGGGACUUAUCGGCGGAACCCAUUCAAAUGCUCUUUGAAGAAGGGCUUUCUUCGGCUGUGAAAGAUGAACUUUCCCGGGCGCCCAGGGCGGAGUCUAUGGACCAGCUGACCAAAUCAGCGCUGGCCAUAGGAGCGCGCCAGGAGGCGAGAGCAUUGGAGAGGCGGGAAGGGAAAGGGGAACGUUGGAAGGAGUUCCGCAUUCCAGAAAUUCCAGAGCCAACUGUCCCGCCGGCAGAGCCGAUGGAAAUCGGAACAGCGCGCGCGCGCAGUUUCAAAGCCCAGUGAGGGGGAAAGAAGGAUGGAAAAGGCGCCCGGAAAUGCUAUCUCUGCCAACAGCCAGGGCACUUUGCCAGAGUCUGCCCCCAGAGGAAGGAAUGGCAAGGGAUGGUGGGAGCUGUGGAGGGAAGAGAGGAAAAAUACCGGAGCAACUAAAGCCAACGCCUGGCUGCCAUUGUCGGGGCACAGCAGCCAGGCCAAAGAGCAGUGAAAGUGCCCACUCCAGAACCUCCUAAACCCGCCCUAGUGAUAGAAGUGACACUAGAGCUCCCAAACGGACACCCUCUAAAGAUAAAGGCGCUGUUGGACUCAGGCAGCUCCUGCAAUUUCAUGAGCAAAGAGUUUGCAGCUGAACACCAGAUACAGACGCUCCCUUAAGCAACCCCCUGCAGGUAACCACGAUCGAUGGCAGGGAGCUGUUGGGAGGAGAAGUCAGCUUGCAGACCGUCCCAAUGAUAAUGAAGGUGGCAAGGCACACUGAACUGAUAGCUUUUAAUGUGGCCACCUUGGGAGGAGCUCCCAUUAUAUUGGGGAUGAGCUGGCUAGCGUUACAUGAUCCGCUGGUGGGCUGGCAUCAGAGAGUGGUUUCUUUUGGGUCAGCACAUUGCUUAGAACAUUGCAAAGAGGGAAAGGUUUUGGCAGGGGCCCAAGCCACCCUAGCAGGGACUGAAGUGAAGGAGAACGUGAAGGUACCACGACAAUACGCAGAUCUCCGCGACGUCUUCAGCGAAAGGGAAGCUGACCAACUACCACCGCAUAGAGCCUUUGACUGUCAAAUCAAUUUGCUCCCUGGGGCACAGCUCCCUGUGGGCAAGCUGUACGCCAUGUCAGACAGAGAGAUGCAGGAGCUAAGAGAGUUCAUUGACAAGAACCUGAAGAGAGGGUUCAUCAGAGAGUCCAGGGCGGUGGGGGCAGCCCAGUGUUUUUGUGGACAAAAAAACACGAACAAGCCGAGACUGGUGUGUGACUUCAGGGCCUUAAAUGCAGUGUCAGAACCAGUGGCCUUCCCGAUGCCCAGGAUUGACGACAUUUUGACAAGGGUGCGAAAGGGAAAGAUUUUCACCAAGCUGGAUCUAAGGGGGCGUACAACCUGAUACGAAUAAGGAAGGGGGAUGAAUGGAAAACCACCAUGUUCACCCCUUUAGGGGCAUUUGAAUACUUAGUUAUGCCCUUCGGUCUACAAGCAGGCUCCGCAACAUUUCAAUCGUUUAUGAACCACGUCCUGGGGCCGUUGCUUUACAAGAAUUGUGUGGCCUUCUUAGACGACGUGUUGGUGUAUUCUGAGAAUGAGGAGCAGCAUGUGAGAGACGUCAGAGAAGUGUUGAGCAGGCUGCAAGCCAACCAGCUGUGGGUGAAACUGGAGAAGUGUCAGUUUCAUACCAAGGAGGUGGAAUUCCUGGGGUAUCGCCUGUCUGACAAGGGGUUGGCCAUGGAUCCCGGCAAGGUCCAGGCGGUACUGGAAUGGAAAACACCCAAAACAAGGAAGGAUGUGCAGAGGUUUUUAGGGUUUGGGAACUUCUAUCGUAAGUUCAUCCCAAACUUUGCCCACCUGACGGCGCCCAUUACGGACUGUCUCAGCAGUAAGAAGAAGUUCGUUUGGACGGAGGAGGCGGAGCAAGCAUUUGAGGAACUAAAAGGGCCUUCGCCUCGGAACAACAGCUCCUGCAUGUGGAUUUACAAAAACCGAUGAGAGUGGAAACUGAUGCAUCAGACAGAGCGGUUGGGGCGGUGCUUCUCCAGCCAGGGAAGGAGGAGUCAGAGUGGAGACCGUGUGCAUAAAUUUAGCGAAAGCUGAACAAAUCCGAGAGGAACUACACGGUGUAUGACCGAGAACUACUAGCCAUUCAUGAGGCGUUCCGGAGAUGGAGGCACCUGCUAAUUGGCGCACAACAUAAGGUGCAAGUGUGCACUGACCACAAGAACCUAGAGUAUUGGAGGACGGCACGAGUGCUCAACCAACGGCAAGUGAGAUGGGCUCAGGAAUUCUCCAAAUUUAACUUUGAGAUUUGUUACGUGCCAGGCCCAGAGAAUAUUAGGGCGGACGCUCUCUCACGCAAACCUGAAUAUUUGGAGGGGAGGGAGCACCCGAAGAGAGACAUGUCAUUCCAGAGGACCGCUGGGUGUGUGGGGCGGCAUUGGUGGGACAAAGAGAACUGGUAGAAGAAACAGAGAAUGAUGAAUACGCCCAGAAUAAGCUUAGAGGUCUUAGGGAUGAGGGAGAGGAAUCAAGGGGUUUCGAGGAAAGAAAUGGAGCUUUGUAUUACAAAGGGGCACUGUAUAUCCCUGAAGGAGACUUAAGGUGGAGGGUACUCAAGCAGUUGCAUGACAGCCCCACGGCGGGCAUUUUGGGCAACACAAAACCAUGUGGUUGGUCACCAGGGAAUUUUGGUGGCCUAAGGUGAGGGAGGAUGUACGUGAGUAUGUAAGAGGGUGCGAGCAGUGCCAGCGAGCCAAAGGGGAAAGGCGGGCGCCGGCGGGGCUGUUAGAACCCUUACCAACACCAGAACGACCUUGGGAGGCAGUGUCGAUAGAUUUUAUGACUGAUCUGCCGAAGUCCAAAGGGAAAACAGCCAUCAUGGUGGUGGUAGACCUACUAACAAAGAUGUGCCACUUUGUAGCUUGCUCGCAUGCAGUCACGGCGGAAGAGACAGCAAAGUUAUUUGUAGAACACAUUUUUAGGUUGCACGGGGUGCCAUUGAGGGUGGUCUCAGACCGAGGAAAACAAUUUACUUCCAGGUUCUGGAGGAAGCUCAUGAGCUUACUGCAGGUGGAGGUCAACUUUCGACUGCCCGGCACCCUGAAACCAACGGGCAGGCGGAAAGAGCAAACGGUGUCCUCCAGCAAUACCUGAGGUGUUAUGUCAAUGACAGAGAGAAUGACUGGGUAGAAAAGUUGGCGCUGGCGGAAUUUGCCUACAACAAUGCCGAGAAUGUGUCCACAGGGAUGAGCCCCUUCUUGGCUAAUUAUGGGUGUCAUCCCAGGGCUUUCCCAGGGGGGGAAGGGGAGAGAUGGAGCGUACCGGCAGCCGAGCAUUUUGUAGAAGAAAUGGAAGCAAUCCACCGUCAGCUCCAACUCAACUUAGAAAGGGCGAAGGAAGAAUACAAGAGGCAGGCAGACAAGAACCGAAGGGAAGGUGAAACCAUAAGGGUUGGAGAGAGGGUGUGGCUGUCAACCCGAGGGUUGCCGUUCAAAGGAGGUUGUAAGAAAUUAAGACCCAGGAGGUUGGGUCCCUUUGAGGUCAUUCAACAGGUCAACCCAGUGGCUUUCAGGCUCCGGUUACCCAACCACAUGAAACUGCACCCAGUAUUUCACAGGUCGUUACUGUCACCGUACGAGGGGACGAGAAGGGAUGGCCACUCGGGGACCGGUCAUAGAAGAAAGAGAAUGCAGCAGUCAUGUGGCAGAAAUCCUUGAUGCCAGGUGGAAGGGGAAUCAGGUGGAGUAUUUGGUAGCGUGGGAAGGAGAACCGGAGUCAGAAAACACGUGGGUAAUGGCCAAAGAUAUCAAUGACGAGGUAUUGAUAGAAAUGUUCCAUCAAAGGUUCCCGCGGAAACCUCAGCCUGUGGAGAGGUUCCGGAGGGAAUACUUUGGGACCACUGAGGAGGAGGAGGAGUUGGAAGGAUUCCCAGAAUCGGAAGGGGAGGGGAGAUGGACUCGGAGGAGGAGGAGUGCUUCGAGACCAGGAACCGCAACAGGUGGAGAGAAGUGUUCGAGACAUCGGAAGAUGAAGGAAGUUCAUUCCGGGGUUUUGCCUCCUCACCGCCCGUAGAGGAGGGGCGAGAGGGGGUGAAGGGGGCCCUGGAGGGGAGGUGGAUGUCAGGGAACUGCCAUCGGUAGGAAGGGAGGUGAAAGGACUCAGACAGGUUGGAAGAGACUUAGCAGCUGAAGAGGAAACCAGCAGGGGGAGAGAAGCUGAACUGAGGGAGGUGAAAGGGCUCAGACAGGUUGGAAGAGACUUAGCAGCUGAAGAGGAAACCAGCAGGGGGGAGAGAAGCUGAACUGAGGGACAGGGAGCUGGGGGGAUGGCUCAGAGAUACUUCCAGCGAAAACAGUGGUGAGGUUUCCGGACCUCCUGUAGCGACACCCACUCCUCGCCGGAAACUGUCACGCAGAGAGUCCAGAAGACGUGUUUCCGUUAAGGAGCUUUUAUGUUGGAAGCGAUUACGAAAGCAACCACUGUCGGAAUCUUCUAGUGACUAAGAGGAGCCAUGUCAGAGGGGCUCAGUCACAGACAGAGGUUUGUGGACUUGAACAAACUCUGAGGGAAUACGAUUUUACGCACAAGCAGCUCAUAAUCCCAUCACAUAAGGUAAAGGUAAAGGGACCCCUGACCAUUAGGUCCAGUCAUGACCGAUUCUGGGGUUGCGGCGCUCAUCUCGCUUUACUGGCUGAGGGAGCCGGCGUACAACUUCCAGGUCAUGUGGCCAACAUGACUAAGCCGCUUCUGGCGAACCAGAGCAGCGCACAGAAACACCAUUUACCUUCCCGCCGGAGUGGUACCUAUUUAUCUACUUGCACUUUGAUGUGCUUUCAAACUGCUAGGUUGGCAGGAGCAGGGACCAAGCAACGGGAGCUCACCCCGUCGCGGGGAUUCGAACCUUUAUAUUUCACUUGGCAUUCCUAAGUCUGAAUCUGUACCUGUCUCCUAAGUCUGGCCUGUACCACUGAGCAGGGUACUUAUGUGAGCAGCACAAUGACAGAUAAGUUCCAGUUUUAUCUUCUUUUAGAUUUUUCUUUUCUUUUCCACCUUACUCAUCUUAAGAGUCUUGGAUUCACAUUAUGUCAAGAAUGUUGACAGGGUGACUCAUAGUUUCAAUGUGAUUUUGGACACUUUAAAUGCUUUCAAAAACACAAAACUGCUAAUCCUUUUCUUCACAAGUUCUUCAUUUUAUUUCUAGCAACAUGAAGCUGAAAUUCAGCAGUUGUCUGAAGCUUUGAAAGAAAAAGCAAAGGAAAACAAAAGGCUUAAAUCAUCAUUCGAAACUUUGAAGGAACUGAAUGAUGCUUUAAGACAACAGGCAAGUGUUUUUUAUAUUGUAUUUUUAUGUUGUGAACAGCUCUGAGAUCUACAGAUGAAGGGCGGUAAGCAAAUUUAAUAAAUAAUAAUAUACACACAAAUCAGGCAUUUUAAAUGUUAUAAACAGAAUUUUUUUUGUGAAGUGUUCUAAUACUAAAUGGUUAUUACAGUUUCUGUUAGCUUUAUGGUGUAUGGGUGAUGCUGGGUAAGAAAUAUAGUCACCAGAAUAGUUAAACGUAAUUCACACGUUACCUUACACUAGCCCAGUGUAAUACUAUCUUCUUGAAGAAGUCUUGCAAUUAUUUUAAAAGCAUAGCUUCUGCACCAGAAUGUUUGCACCUAAUGUUGUAGUUGCUUUGAUUUUGAGUUCAAGUGCUUCUCUCUCUGUCAGCUGUGCAUUUCAACACUUGUGGGUCUCUUAGAGCUUCAACAAACUAUGGGGUAACCUUCUUUCUACUGCAGGUUGGCUACAUCUGUUCUGUUUCAGGAGCGUUUGUCUGACUGGGGGAGCCUUGGCCCAUUGUGGCUCUUACAAAUAUUGACCACAGUUUAAAAAAACCCAAAAACGUACUAGUACCUGUCAGGCACCCAGAAUUUUUAAGGAUGUGAAGUUGAGGACUCCAAACCAGAAAGGGCAGGACUCACGGGGGAGCCCCAAAUGUGCUUCCAUCAGAUGAGCCUGUGGCACUGCUGUCCUCAAAUUCUGAGACCCAGUGAGACCAGAUGCUCUCCAAUUCUUAUCGCAGUAGGAGUCUACUGCUGCAGGAUGGACCUCUAAGCACCUUCCAGUGCAAGCAGGGCUGACAAUUGGAAGGCAGCUGUUGCCACUCUAUAGUUCCCAGUCUCAUUUUUGUUGCUGAAGUUCUGCAUUCCGGUAGCACAGCCUGAGCCUUGUACCCAGCUGGAAUUUUGCCUCGCCUCACCACGGAGCAGGACAUUGCUUUUCAAAAAUGCCACAGGAUGCAGGAUGCAGUCACUCUGAAGUGAUUCGUCACUAAAAAAAUGACGAGAAAGCAUGUUCCUUGGUUUCAGCAAAACUGACUUCUCCAUAAAUGUGUUUAGAAUUGCAGCUGCAAACUCUUGGCAGCUUGUUCUUUGCAUAUGUAAAGGAGGAUAAAGGGGUGACUCUAGUUCUCUUCAUUCUAACAAGCCGUGAAGGGUGGGGAGGACUUACCCAGACAGUUUUAUGAGCAAGAGAGGAGAUAUUUGUGAACCGCCACUACAUAACAGAAAAGUUUUAUCUAUAAGGCUUGGCUCAACGUCUUCCACUUCUUUUUUAGCUAAAUGACGUAAGUGAGCAAAACAAGAAGUUGGAAGGCCAGUCUCGAAAGGUGCAAGCUCGUUUAGAGAAUUUGCAGGUAAUAGUUCAAUAUGCUUUGUAUUGUUUGUCAGCUUUGCAGGGAAAGAAGUCUAAUGUAAUUUCUUUUCAUUCUGUCCCGUUACAGCGGAAGCAUGAAUUUUUAUCCAUACAAAAAUCUAAAGACGCUUUCCACACAGCCCAGGAGCGAAAGGUUAUCAAGCCAGAAAAAACAAUAACAUCAAAAAGUUACAAAGUAAGCUGUACACUAUAGGGGGAAAGGGGAAUUCUGUAUAUCUAUAUUGAUAAAUGUAUCUAUAUUUAUUGAUAUUUGUCCAAAGAUAUACAAAAGUUCAUAAUCAAUACAAAGUAUCUUUUUAUAAUACACUGAAUUAAAAGAAAUGCUUAAUCUAUAAUGGAAUGGAGGCAGAAAGAAGGAAAAGGGGAAAUAAAGGAAGGAAGGAAAAGCGAAAGGAGAGAGAAAGAGAAAAAAUGAAUAAUAAUAAUAAUAAUAAUAAUAAUAAUAAUAAUAAACUUUUAUUUGUAUCCCGCCCUCCCCGGCCAACACCAGGCUCAGGGUGGCUAACAUCAAAUAUAAACAUUGAUAUAAAAUCAAAGAAUAAGUAAAUCACCUCUUAAAACAAGUCAGGAUUAAAUUAAAAUCUGAAUUAGAUGGCUUUCUGCAGGAUUUGGGUUGGGAACAGUAAAUGCUCAUCAGGCCCAACUGUGUAUGCUGAUCUUAUAUGGGCCUGUGAGAAUGCUGCGAGGCCUCGUUCAUACUAAUUCUUAUAUACAAAAAGGGAAGGGGAGUCAGGCUGAGCCCUGACCAAAGAUAAAAAGACUUCUGGUUCUCUGUCCUGCACCUUUGAUGUUUUAUAGUGCUUUUAAUUCUGUUGGGAGCUGCCCAGAGUGACUGGGAAAACCCAGCCAGAUGCAUGGAGUAUAAAUAAUAAAUUAUCAUCGUCUUCAUCAUCAUCUAAUUAUAGAAUUCACUCAUCAACACCCAACCAUUUUAUUUUCUGUAAGUCUGAAAGUCAAUAUUUUUUCAGUAUUCAGUUCCAGAUUUUACAAGUUCAUUUUCUCUUUCUCUUUCAUGCACAAGGACAUGUUGGUUUGGAACUGCUAUAUUUUAUUGAGAGGGGAGUUGUAGGGUAAAUAGUACAGUGGUACCUCGGGUUACAUACACUUCAGGCUGCAGACACUUCAGGUUACAGACUCCGCUAACCCAGAAAUAGUGCCUCGGGUUAAGAACUUUGCUUCAGGAUGAGAACAGAAAUCGUGCUCUAGCGGCACUGCAGCAGCGGGAGGCCCCAUUAGCUAAAGUGGUGCUUCAGGUUAAGAACAGUUUCAGGUUAAGAACGGACCUCCGGAACAAAUUAAGUUCUUAACCUGAGGUACGACUAUACUCUUGAAAAUAUUAUUUCCAAAUAUGUCUCCCAUUUCAAUAAGCUUGGGUUAUAUUUAGUUUCUGAGAAGACACUGGCUGGUGUUAAUUGAAACUGAAAAGGCAAAAAAUUGUUUUCUGAAAACAAGGAACUUGUAAUGAGAAGAAUCCCCCCUCCCCAAAAAAGAAUAAUGACAUACCUCAACAGAGGAAGGUAGUGGAAAUGUGUUUAGAAAUGUCAUAAAAAAAUAAAAAAUACUUGUCCUCCCAGUGUCAAUCCUGCAGGAAUUCUCAUCCAUAUAUAUGAUGCUGAGAUGGAGUAACUUCCCUCUUCUUCAAACCAGUACAUCCCCAUUAUCCCCAGGCAGAUUUGUAUAUGCUCUCAGUGCCCUUGAUGCAAGUCAGAUGUGUGUUGCAGUGCAGAUGGCACAAGUCAAUGCACGCUUUAGAUAGUUAUCUCAUGGUAAAGAACUUCUUCAAAUUGUGCCCUAAGAGAUUCACUUUUAUGUUUGCAGAUGCCAAUUAAUUCACACAUAUAUGACCUUUUAACGGUGUUAAUGGACUGGAUCUCAGAUCAGCACCUGAGCAAAUUGGUAGCAGAGGAAGAGAAAGCUUCUGAAUGUCUUCUGACAGGCGUGCUUGCUUCCAGCAGAAACUACACACAGGAGAAGUGUAUCAGGGUAGGGUUCCUCCUUCCUACAUCUUGUUUUACAGUAAAACUGCUUGUAUUCUAUUUGGAUGUGUGUCUAACAACGCUGUAGGCUCCAGAAUUCGUGUUCAUUUUCAUAAUACUGAGCCAUGUGCUCUCCAAACCUGAGCUAUUCAGGUUCUCAGGGUGCAGUCUGUGAUAUAACCUUAUGUAUGAUUGCAGCAUUUCCAUAUAUACAAACGUUGCUCAUCUUGAUUUGGAUGCUAUCCAGGCCACUCUGAUUAAUGAUUUCAUAUCACUGUAUAAAGGUUGUAUCCAAAGUUAGUCAUGCUAAGAGUAGUUAGUCACACACAUUAAUUGCAGGGGGCCUUUAGUGAGUAUGGCUAAUGUUGAAUAUAAUACUUUUUUUCCAAGUAGAAGGUAAUAUAAAAUUACAAAAGAAAGGUAUUUUGUGUAUCUUUAAGCUCCAAUCCUAAACACUUACCUAGAGUUAGCCUUAAUGGACGUAGUGUGACUGACAUCUAACGUAGGAUUUCCCUGUUAAUUCUGUACACAUGUGGGACAUGUGUUCUAUCUACCAGGUUUCAUACAGAAACUAUUUAAAGCCUAUUAAUGUCGAAACAACUUCAGACAUACUGUUUGUCAGAGGAACACAUUUGUGAGCAUGUGGAAUGUUGGGGCCUUCCGUUGUAGUUGGAAAAAUCUUAACUGCAAUAAAUACUUCAUUAACUGGAUUUUGCAAUCUCCAUUAUAAUAAACAUUAGCAUCUGAUCCAGCAAUCUGUUCCAGAUACAGUAGUUCAAAUGCAUGCAUAGAGAUCUGCUGCCCAGAAUAGAAUCCCAAUUCCCUGCAUUAGUGUUACUCUAUCAAUCACUUCCUAUAAUCCCAGAUUAAUUAGAUUUCUAUACCACCCUUCAUCCGAGGAUCACAGGGCAGUUUACAACAUACAGUAAAAACACAAAAAUACCUACCAUAGUAACAAACAGAAGCACCCCACCCCAAACACAGUUUAAAAGGUUAUAGGCCUUUUAAAUUAGCCAGUGGCCUGGGAGAAGAGGAAUGCCUUUGCCUGGCGCCUAAAGGUAUAAUGAAGGCACCAGGCGAGCCUCCCUGGGGAGAGCAUUCCACAUAUGGGGAGCCACCACAGAAAAGGACCACUCUUGUGUUGCCAUCCUCUGGACCUUGUGGAGAAGGCACACAAAGAAGGGCCUCCAGUAGUUGUUGCUGUUAUUGUUAUUGUUGAUUGAAUUUAUAAUAAAGGGCCUCCAGUUAUUAUUAUUAUUAUUAUUUAUUGAAUUUAUAUACCGCCCUAUACCUGGAGGUUAUGAUUGCAUGGUCCAGGUGGGUUCAUAUGGGGAGAGGCACUCCUGAUCUGUUAAAGGCUUUAUAGGUCAAAUCCAGCUCUUUGAAUUGGGCUUGGAAACUAAUUGGCAGCCAGUGCAUUCGGGCCGGAAUUGGCAUUAUUAUAUACUUAAACUGUCUUGCCCUGGUGAGCAACUUGGCCACUGAAUUCUGCACCAGCUGAAGCUUCUGAACUGUCUUCAGAGGUAGCCCCAUGUAUAACGCAUUGCCGUAAUCUAACCUAGAGGUUAGAAUAUCCCCUCGAUGGGCUAUUAAAAAGCAAUCCAAGCACACGUGUUAUGAUUUAUUUUGGCAAAGUAGUGAUUAGAUGUGGCAUGAAUACACCUACGAUGUAGUGUGUGAUCCUAGAAUUCUGUCUGAAGUAGCUGUUGUUGAACUUGUUCCUACUUGCUUUGGGUAGGUGCCUACAAGGCUCCUAUUCCAACAGCUGUUGGCUGACAUGUUGUUCCUUGUUCACACCUCGGCAUGGAGAAAACACCUGGAGUCAGUAGCACCCACACUCUGGAACUGGCGGUGCUUUUUCUUCCCUAGUUGUGCUUUGGAAACAUCACCUAAGGUAACAGAGUUGCUCAAUUGCUCUCAGUUGUUGCCCUUGCUGGUGGUGGCUAACAGAAGCCCAUAAGAGCUGUCCUUGAGCUCUCAUGUAAAUAAAUGCUGCCUACAAGAGUCUCUGUAUGCUUCUGUUGCUCACUGGGCCCCUCCCAGAUGGCACUCUCCAACCACAUUGUGUAGUGUGUUGCCACAAUAGCCUAUACAUGUCAUUUGACUACACAAUCUCCUUCAACCUGUGGAGCAUUCCCUUACAUUGCUAAUGUACUCAAAAGCCUUACAUUGUGAUAUUAAUGAUAGCUAACUGAUACGUCUGUGUUCAGAGGCAUGUAAGAUGCUGGGGACAAACAGCAGCUGCUGCUUGCAUGCCUUGUUUGUGCACUCCGAGGAGUAUAGAGAGAGGACAGGACUGGGGUUUUUUCCCCCACUAGUAGAAAAAUGGGAAGUUUCUGCAAAAAAAAAUAUUUUAUAUAGUAUUGUCUCUUUCAGAAUUCCAGAAUUUAAAGGUAGCAGUAUUAGCAUUGACAAUAGCAUUGAAUUUGUCUGAAUUACUAAGCAAGGCACGAUCUUGGAAGUAAAGAAACAUUCAUGGUGCUCAUCAGCCAACCGUGUUGCUGGUUUUGUCUUUUUUUGCUUAGGUAAUUUUCAUGUGAAAUUACAAAGCAUCACAGGAAAAAUAUCCACUGGAAGUAGCUUGCAAAUAGGAUCUAUCAGUAGGACCCAAAUUUUGGAAAGAGAAAAAAAGACAGUAAUGAUAUAUUUGUGUUUUCCAGUUUUUGCCUCUAGUUGCUGAACAGUUUCAGUGGAUGCCCUUUGUGAAUCCUGACUUGCACAUGCAUGUGGUUAAAUUCAUUUACUGGGCAAUCAGGCAGUUAGAUGGAGGCACACAGGUAAGAAGUAUUCAUGCAAAGUAGUUCAUUUGCAUUUAACUCUGCUUCUCUGCGGAAGGUUCCAUGUUUUACUUGAUCUGAAUUUGACCCGGAGUUGUUAUUUAUUAUCAUUUAUAUGUUGGGUAAAUUGCUUCCAAUACUAAUGUACUUGCGUUUGCAAUCCUUUUGCUAGGUAGAAGAUAGUUAUUUUAUUGUGAAUAGGGUGCCCAAAUCAAGAAUUUGAUAUUGCAGGAAAAGCUAGAAUUCUAGAUUUAACCACAUAACCUUUUCCAGGUUUUAAUGUACCUUACUUCCGUGAAAUGCAUUCAUGGCCAGGAUAAAGCUACAUUCCACUGAAGUCAGUUAUAACAUGUUAUUAAUUCUUUUAUAUAGUAGGCUUUUUUAUACACCUAUUUCAAUUUUUGUUGGAGUCUCAAAAGUGCUGCUUUAUAGAUCAUCUGCGAGUGUUCUUCUCUUGGUGCUCUUGCUAUCUGAAGUGAGUGUCAGUCAGGACGAGACAGCCUUCUGCAUAGUGGCUUAUAAUAUGGUGCUCACAGAUUGCUUGGUGUACUUUGAUAUUCCUUUUUCCAUCUGGACAAUACGUCUCAAAUGUAAAGCAUUUGAAACAUGAAUAAUGUUGAUGAGACUUGUUCAGAGUAAAUUAAAUGACGUUUGCAUUUAUCUAGUGGAAUGCUAUGUUCACUUCAUAGUUUUAUUGCUUGUAUAACAGUAUGCAACAAUGACAUCAACAAUGAGAAGACUGGGUGAAGACCUGUUUAAAGGUGUUGUGCCGAAGGGAUGUCAAUAUAUUUCUCCUGAACAUACUACCGAUCCCAAGCCAAAGUCCGCAGCAUUCUUUAAAAGCUCCAAUUUGCCUUUAAGACUUGUAUCAACCUUAAUUAUAAUCAAAACAGUGACGCAAGGUAAGUUCUACCAAUACUUUUGAAGUCUGCAUGCAGCAUAUGGUAUCUCCAACCAUACUUAAACAGCAAACUACAGAAAGAUACUUGUUCCGACUGACUGACCCGUGAAGUAAAUUUGAUUUAUUUAUGAAGAUAUAUUUCUGUACCACCCUCCAUCAACUUGGUUACAGGGCUGUUUAUGUCAGAAUAAGGCGGUUCAAAACAUCAAAGCCAUUCUCACAAACAUAUGGCCUAACCAGCAGUGUCAAAACUCAGAAAUCACUUCACCCAUCAUUCUUUAAAAGCCUGGCAAAAAAAGGUAGGUUAAAGAAACUUGAUUUUUAAAAAUGGGGUGGGGGCUAAAGUAUUUCAGUAUGUAUUUUAAGGGGUAAUGGCUGCAGAACUUCUAGAUUUUUGCAUGUUUGGCAGCCCAAGAGGGCCACAAACAUAAACAUACAGUAUAAGGGCAGUUCUGCUAGAUCAGGCCAAAGGUCAUUUAGUCCAGAAUCUGGUUUUCCACCAUAUGCUUCUGGGGAGGCCUCCAAGUGGAGCUUGAACAGUAAAAGCUGUUGUUUCCCAGCAAGCGACAUUUAGCAAGAUAGUGCCUCUGAACAGGGAAGAUCUGAUGAAUAUUCAUUGUUAGAUCUGUUCUCCAAGAGUUUAUUUUAUCCCCCAUUUUUUAAAGCCAUUGGCUAACAUCCCAUCUUGCCGCAGUCAAAGCCAUUGUGUUUGUGCAAAUUGGUACUGUAUGUAAAAGGUAAAGGGACCCCUGACAAUUAAGUCCAGUCGUGAAUGACUCUGGGGUUGUCGCACUCAUCUCGCUUUACAGGCCAAGGGAGCCGGUGUUUGUCCGCUUCCGCAGACAGUUUUUCCGGGUCAUGUGGCCAGCAUGACUAAGCCGCUUCUGGCGAAACCAGAGCAGCGCAUGAAAACACCGUUUACCUUCCCACCAGAGUGGUACCUAUUUAUCUACUUGCACUGCGUGCUUUCGAACUGCUAAGUUAGCAGAAGCUGGGGCCGAACAACAGGAGCUCACCCCGUUACAGGGAUUCGAACCGCCGACCUUUUGAUCGGCAAGCCCAAGCGGCACAGUGGUUUAACCCACAGCGCCACUGUAUGCAGGCGUGAUUAAAUUUCAAUGAUCACCCAUCACAUUAGUAUUAAAUAGAAUUUGGAUUUUAAAAAAAGUUUUGGAAGAAGCAAGCAAAUGAUGGGUGGGAGGGAGAUCGGGGUAAGAUAGUGGAUAAGCAGUUGGCGCAAGUGAUCUUGGAGAUGUGGUUAGAGGCACUGAGUGGUGCUUCUGUAUGGAAUGGAGAAGCUUCAUCCUGUGAAUACUGGAAUAUUUUGGUAGUCACUGUCUGCAUGUGUUUGAACUUACUUCCAUAACCAGGAAACGAUAGAACAGGAGUGGGGAAGCUCUGGCCUUUGUGCCUAAUUAGAUCUGGCAUAGGUCCCCGUUUGGCCUGAGAGGUCAUUUUCCCCAGACCAUUGCCCACCUGCUCCACACCUGACAUCAGAUGGGGACAUGGCUGCCGGUGCCCCGCUGGGAGCCUUCAAGUGCAUUCCUGAUUAGGCAGAAAGCCUCUCCUGCCAAUGCACCAUCUACUGAUAGGCCAAUCCUAGUUGACUUGCCCUCUCCACCAAUCACCUGAUAGGAACUCAGUUUAAAUGCCCUGGGAUUGACCACACAAUUGAGUUUCCCCAUGUGGAACUCCAUAGCCAGCUGGUCCGUGAAAGGGCUUACAAAGAACUGAGCAGCACUGCACUGCUCUUUGAAGCGCCAAUAACCAGCUGAUCAGCAGCGCUUCAAAGCACCACACAGGGGUCCUUGAAAGGGCCCUCUUUCAAAUUUGGUCUGUGGGGUAGGGCCGGAUCCAUCUCUCCACCCCCUGUGCUAGAUCCUUAGGGCAUGGGAAGUUAACAGUCCCCACACCUAGAAUCUGUAAAUAUCGUUCAGUUUGGCUUGCCAUUCUGAAGCCACUGAAAACUAUUUGUCACAAACAUAUUACUGAUAACGUACCGGUGAUCUGUAGGUCAUUGAUUUUUCCCUAGGUAUACUCAAGACAAGGGAUGGCGAACCUGUAGCUUUCCAGGCAGUGUUGGACUACAACUCCCAUAAGCCCUGGCCAAUGGCUAGCUGGGACUGAUGGGAAUUGGGUGUUGAACAACAUAUGGUGGGCUACAGAUUCUGCACUCCUGCUCAAGGACAAAAUGACGUUUUGGCCAUGAAUACUCCCACACCUCUUCACCUUUCUACAAAAAUAAAACUUGGUUUCUAAGAUGGUUAUAGUUACACCUAAAAUAUUUAAUAUACAGGAACAAUUCUCUGCCAUCCUACUUUAGUGUAGAAUCUGUAGAUAAAGUAAGAAUGAAUAUACAAUAUAAAAAUGCCAGCAUAGAUUGGUACAUAAUUCUAGAUGGUUUGUAAGUAAUGUUUUGCUUUAAAGUCACAAUGCAGUAGGGGGCAUCCUAAUUAAGGUUUUGUAAGUUCAGGCAUGAUUCAGUUUAUGUAAUCCUUUAACGCAGUAGAAUAAGUGUUACUGUGGUUUAUUAUCAUUACCUGAAAUCUCCGAUAUUUACUUUUGAUGGAAUGCCAACAUACCAAAAAUAGCAAAGGAAACCUUUUCUCAGUCAAAUCUUUGGGAAAUUAAAGGGGGCUUAAAAUGUUUUUAAACUCAGUCAGUAGUGUUUGAACAUGAAUGCAAUAAUUGAUUACCAAAAGAAAAAUGUGGUUGGGAUUUAUAUAGCUAGUUAGUAAAUGCAUCUUUGUUUUUGUUUCGCUAAAAUUGGGGGACCAUCCAGCACAAAGCAAUGCUAUUCCUUGAAUUGUUGAAUAAAAGCUGCACAGCAGCAGGUAUUCAGAGGAAAUUAAUGCCACUAACACCUUGUUUAUAACUGAAUGUUACUAAAGUUAGCAUUUAACCUUUAAAUUUGGAGAAAUCAUUUCUUUGUGUAGGUUUAGGUUCCAAGCAUAGUGAGAAGCGUUCAGCCCUGUGAAUGCUAGGCAAUGUCAAGGCUUUAUGAACUUUGGCUUCAUAAACAACAACAACUCGGCUUCUGUUACAUAAAUCUAAAUAGGUAAAUCCAAAAAGGGCAUGAAAUGGGUGCUAUAGGACCUUCUGGCUUCACUGACAACAAUUGUUUCCUGUAUGUGCUGCUAUUGUUUUCUAUCAGAGUAGAUAGAAACCGAUUUUAUUUUUGAAACCUAGGGGUGGUUUGGUUUUUUUAAUUGGAUUCUUAAAAUUUAUAGAAUGUUUUUUCUUAAUAACCUGGUUAAAAUUAAAUCUGAAUACAAACCAUGUUACAAGAUCUCUGGGCCCUAGGUUGUGUCUAAAACGGUCAAGAGGGAUAGUCAGGAAUGAGCAAAAUUUUUGAUUCUAAUGAUUCCCCCCCACCCCUCUUUUUCUCUAUGUUUUUAUUUUAUUUAGAUUAAGGUUGGAUUUAAAAAAAAGAUAUUUGGCAUUAAGUUUUGAAUCUCUUUUUAUAAACUAAUAACAUUUAUUUAAAAUAAUAAUAAACAUUGUAAGGACAGCAAAUGUGAAAAAUGGAACAUUUUAUGGUUAUUUGAUUUAAUAAAAUAUGAGUUGUAAAUAUGAUUUCCUUCUAGUAAAAAAAAAAGAAUGAACGAGGCUAGGCCUUAAAUAAGCAACGCACUAUAAAGACAUUUUGUUUUUGAUAUCUCGUUAUAUCAGUAUUGUAUAGCAUCCUCUUUUGCCUUGCUUGUUUGACAAGUGACCCAAAAUAGUGGUGCGGUUUUACUGUUUAAAAUUCUAAUGCAUAUUCUAGCUGAUUACCUGGCUCAAGCCUUUGAUUCCCUUUGCGUGGAUCUGAAGACGGAUGAAGGGAAGGCCUUGUUUUUGGACUACCAAGCUGUGCCUAUUAUCUUGAGUCAUAUAAGAAUAUCGAGUAAAGGUGUUCUUUCCAACGCCGUUGACAGCUUGCUUCAGAUGACAACGCAAUCCAGUAAGUGUGCUAAGUGAUGAUCAACAUUUUCAUACUGCUUUGCUCAGCUUUUCUAAAUUGCAGGUUUCCUUUGAAUUGGCCAUUUGCUUGGUCAUCUUAUUUCAAGAAUCGCUUCCAAGUAAAACAGGCUUUACACCCCCCCCCAAAAAAAAGUGUCUUAUUUUAAUGCUUUCAUUAAUGUUUGGUGCAGGCAAGCUAGUAAAAGGGGGGGAAAUUAUUUUCUGUAGAUUUAAUGCUUAGCUUUCUACUUUUCACACUGAGAGAGAAAUCAAAGCGAUGAAGAAACCAGUAAGUAGACUUCUCUUUAAAAUGCAACAAUCCCCUGACUUUUACUUAGCCUGUUUGGUAAAACAUGACAUGAGUAGGGUAAAGCCCAUUCUUCUCCUUUCCCAGAAGACAUCUGUCCAACGUGCACAGUAACUUGCCGUAGGAAACGGUCUAGAAAAAUAACUGCAAAUGAUUCACCCAUGAAUUUAGUGGGAGGAUACAAUGUUUUAUCUUCUUCCUCUUGAAACAUCUGUGACUGUACAAAAGGAGUGUAUACCGGCCUGAAUAACUGUCAGCAUCGCCCUUGAGCCAGUGUCACCAACUGGACUCAUCCACUUCAGCCCCGACUGGGCUAGGCGAGCUGGGUAGCACUUCCAGAGACCACCUUCUGCACAGGAACAGGUCAAAGUGCUGUGGACUCACAGCUUAGAGUCGUGAGCACCGGAUUCACUCCAAUAAGAAGACAGUCGUCGCACAGCAGAGUCUAGCAGAGUAUAAAUGACUCGGAGAGCAGCUCUGUAGAAUAUCUUCUUUUAUUCUAUCUACAACUAUACAAACUAUAUACAGAGCUAAAUGAAAAAGCUGAACUGCACUGAGUGUCUGCAGCUGCUCUUAGCAGCAACCUUAUCUAUACACACAAUCUCUAACACUCAGUCUCUCUCUCUCCGACACACUGACUGACUGACUGAUGUUAGGCUGGAGCGGAAUAAGUAGAGAGCAGAACACCGCCCCUCCUCUCUGGAAAAUCACCAGACUCAUCAGCAGAUUCUUGGAUAUGGGAGGGGUGAAAUCUCCUCAAUAACAUCUUUGAGAUGCCUGAUAUAAACCCUAUGUGUGUUUCUAACGAUUUGUGAGGGAGAGGAGUAAUCAAGAUUUCACUUGCUGUCCCCAACAUCUACCAUGCUUCCAUGUCCAUGCGUUGGAUAUCAUGUUUGAAUAGGGAUUGUGCAUUGCGCUAGUCUCCAAUUGCAUAGUUUCCACUGGGGUGGCCCUAUUCAGUGCUUUUCUAAAAGAAAAAAAUGGUGUUAGUACUCACCAUGAAGUUGUUACAGUAAAGGCCACACUUUUAAACCUUGAGUACUCUGUAAAUUCUUCAUUAUGUGAGGAGGUUAGACAUGCAUAUACCGUAUUUUUCGCUCUAUAGGACGCGCCAGACCAUAAGACGCACCUAGUUUUUGGAGAAGAAAAACAAGGAAAAAAAUAUUCUGAAUCCCUGAAGCCAGAACAGCGAGAGGGAUCGCUGCGCAGCGAUCCCUCUCGCUGUUCUGGCUUCUGGGAUAGCUAUGCAGCCUGCAUUCGCUCCAUAAGACACACAGACAUCUCCCCUUACUUUUUAGGAGGGAAAAAUGGCAUCUUAUAGAGCGAAAAAUACGGUAUCUGCAUGGAGGAGUGUUUUGUAUACAAGAUUACUUUGUACAGCAUAUCUCAUAUAACUGUCUUAAUAUGUGAGAUAUUUCCAUUGUUACCUGAAAGAAUGGGCUAUAUGAUAUCCUUCAAUUUUAAGUGGCACCUAACUUUGAAACUGUUGCCUUGAGUCUAUUGGAAUGCAGUCGUUUCAGUCUCUCGAACUGCCUGCUCCUGGAUAGACUCUUGCACAGAACUAAGUCAGAUCCCCAGAUGUGCCUCCAACCACAUAGAAUAAUCCUUCUGCAUUAAAGACCUGCAGCUAGUUGAGCUAAGAAAUGGAGAGCUCUUAUGCAUUCCUAUGCAAACCAGCCUGCUUGAUCUUCCACUCAGAUAAAUCACAGCUUAGGACUCAUCCCACGCUUUCUGCCUAGGGUGAUUAUGCUGUUUUAUCUUAACCAGGAAGUAUUACUCCUUUUUAUCUUCAGCCCCCUACAAACUAAUGUCAGGAGAGCAAUUUUUGUGCACGUUAUAUGUUGUUGGGUGUGCUUUCCUUUUAUUUCAAUCGCACAAAAUGCCCAGAAGGCAUGAUAGCUUAGGACCUUUGGUGAAAUACAGCCCAGAAGCAAGUCUCCUCGCAGGUAACCAGGACUUCUGACAUCACCCAUUACCUGGUUUUGUACUGAGUGUUCACUUGAUAGGGGGUGGAAGUGAAUCCCCCCCACUAUCUCUAACGAAUGUGCCCCUAUGAUGCUUGUGGUUGUUAACCCUGACAGUUUUUAACAUUACAGUGGUACCUCGGGUUAAGUACUUAAUUCGUUCCGGAGGUCCGUUCUUAACCUGAAACUGUUCUUAACCUGAAGCACCACUUUAGCUAAUGGGGCUUCCUGCUGCUGCCGCCGGGCCGCCGGAGCAUGAUUUCUGUUCUCAUCCUGAAGCAAAGUUCUUAACCCAAGGUACUAUUUCUGGGUUAGUGGAGUCUGUAACCUGAAGCAUACGUAAUCCAAGGUACCACUGUAUUUUAAUGGUUUAUUUAGUGUUCUGAUGGUCGAACGUGAACUGAUGCAUUGCAAGCUGUCCUGGUGUUUUAAUGCAUAAUUAAAUAAAUAAAUGGUUUUAUACUUUGCAGUUUUAAGUGCACACUCGAAACCUCUUGCACGCACACCGAAAACAUAGAAUGUGGCUUAUAGCAAAAAUAAAGAUCAUUAGUGAAUGAGUGUGGCGUUCGCCCUGCAUUUUGUAGCAACGUGUGAGUGUUACACAUUCAGUAACAAAAACCUGCCAUAGCUUUUAUUGUUUCCCAUGGCUUGAAAACAGCUUGGAGAGCUGCAGAGAGGAGCAGAGUCAUGCAGAGAGAACUAGAUUGGAAAGUGGAGAGACCGGGUGGGCUGUGGAGGAUGGAGCUGUCGGAAUUUAAGAAACAUAAGGCGAACUCCACCAACCAUGGCUUCUGGGGCAAGCAGUGUGAGAGACAGUAAAGAAAGGCUAUUGCAGAAACUAUGAAAGGGGAGCGGGGCAACAGCCACAUGACCAGGAUCAGUGAGGUUGAAGAAUCAUGGAAGGUAGAUGGCUGCUGUCUGGGGGAGAGAAUGGCAGAUGGAACAGGAGAGACAGUCAAUGGCCCUGGGAGAGAGGAAACCAGAGGGUGCUCUAAAGCCACAAGCCACCAAUGGGAUGCUGAGGACAAUGUAGGGGUCAGUAGACUGGACUCUUCAAGGAAUAACAAGGGGCUCUGAGAAACAGAGGACUUGACCUUGGCAGAGCAAGGCCUGAGGUGCUGUGCAGUCAAGCUCGUGGAGCAUUAGGCUUCUUAUUUCUUGCAGAAGGGCAUCAAUGAGGACAUUUAAAGGAGCUACCUAGCUAGAUGGAACUACACAGCAUCAUCUACAAAUUAAAUCCCACCUUCUUCUUAAUUUUUAUUUUUAUUAUGUAUUUUGUGUUUUUAUAUUGUGAUUUCAUCUUGCAAACCCCCCUGAAACCUGCGGGUAUAGGGUAGUAUACAAACUUAAUAAUAAUAAUAAUAAUAAUAAUAAUAAUAAUAAUAAUUCUUAAUGCCUUCCCACCGCAGAGCUCCAGAUCCAAAAAGGUCACAAACAGCUGAGACCCUUUGGUGUCAUCCGUCAAGGUCCCUGGAUAUAGUCAGGAAGGUGGUUUUGUGCCGGGAAGACUCCUCAACUAAAUGUAGCAGAUGGAAAGGCCUAUAUACCUAUUUUGGAGAGUCCUUUAUUGGACCUGCUGUGUGCUAAUGCAGCUGCCCUCACCCCACCCUUUUACUUGCAGCCCCGCAAUGCAGUGUGGAAUUUCCGGGUUGUUUCUUAAGGCUCUAAAAUAUAUCCCUUUUUCAUACAGUCGAAACACCCUCUAUUUUUUAGAAGAGUACUAUUGUGUCAAAAGUUCUCCCAACAGCCAGAGCCACUAGAGGGAGUGUGCUUGUUUUGAAGCUGCUCAUGGCCGGAGUUAUUGGCUUCUUCAGCUUUUAAAGAUGUACUCCACCUGUUGGCAGUUCUUUGUACUCUAAAUCCCAGUAAAAGGGCUUCUUGGUGGAGGAUAGCAAGAAAAUCAGGGCAAUGCUUUGCCUUGGGCUUGUUGUGCACACUCCCCCUGCUUCAAGAAGAACACAGUGCAAGGCUCAUUCUUCAGGCUGUUUAAAAACAUGCACCUGCACAGGGCUUUAGCUGUUUCAAGUUGCCGCACAUGUGAGCGAUUGAGCACAUUACACAUUGACUGCUGCCUUUUAUUUGGCAUGGCUCUUGCACCAGACUCUUGUUAAAAGGUUAUAAAGGGCUCAGAUCUGUGUAAUGGUCCACUAGAACCAAGCGUUGCUUUCCCUGCGCAGAACAUGGGUGCUAGUCAAGCUUGUUCUGGAAUAUUGAGCUUCUGGCAUUUUUAAAGAACAGUUACCGCUUUUGUUUGUACGAUAAAGUGGAAACAUGCCUGUUCUUAGCCAGAUAUUUUUCUUCCAAAAGGGUCACAUUUUUAUUCUGGACUUUGCCAAGGUUGUAGGCAGACGGCUUCUGCUUAGACCAUCUUCUGCGUAGCGUGAACUUUGUUUCAAGAGUAUAAAUGACAGUACAGGCAGCGCUGCGAGGGUUAAUCCAUCACAUCCUUUACUCUUCUAAAGGGCAGGUGCGAAUUUAUCUUGAAGAGAAACAUUUGAAGCAGGAGCAGAAGAAAUAAUUUAUAGCUUAUGUGGGAUAAGCAGUGAAACAUCUCUUUAAAGGAUUCCCUUCCUUUCCCAUCCUGUCUCCCUUUGUAGUCUUCCUUCUGAUUAUUCGUCUAGCAUUCUCAUUCUCUUCUAGAAGCCGAGCUCGGCAUUCAGCCAAUGCGGUGCUGCUCUGUGUAGUGCAAGGCAUUGCUGAGCUGUCUGAACUCAUGGCUGAGGGUUUUCAUCUGUCUUGGAGCCUUAAAGAGCUGUUUUCUUUGAAUAAAAUCUCUCUUCCAUGAGAAGCCUGUUUAGUAUCUACCAUCCUUUUUGUUGUUGUUAAUGGCCUUCAAUUACUGAUACUGCUUCUUCCUGCUUUACUGUGCUGCUUUAGAUUUUGCUGUCUUUAUUAGGAUUUGCAUUCCUAUGGCAUUAAAAAAACAAAGAUCAUGGCCACUGGGCCCAUCACCUCCUGGCAAAUAGAAGGGGAAGAAAUGGAGGCAGUGGGAGAUUUUACUUUCUUAGGCUCCAUGAUCACUGCAGAUGGUGACAGCAGUCACGAAAUUAAAAGACGCCUGCUUCUUGGGAAGAAAGCAAUGACAAACCUAGACAGCAUCUUAGAAAGCAGAGACAUCACCUUGCCGACAAAGGUCCAUAUAGUUAAAGUUAUGGUUUUCCCAGUAGUGAUGUAUGGAAGUGAGAGCUGGACCAUAAAGAAGGCUGAUCGCUGAAGAAUUGAUGCUUUUGAAUUAUGGUGCUGGAGGAGACUCUUGAGAGUCCCAUGGACUGCAAGAAGAUCAAACCUAUCCAUUCUGAAGGAAAUCAGCCCUGAGUGCUCCCUGGAAGGACAGAUUGUGAAGCUGAGGCUCCAAUACUUUGGCCACCUCAUGAAAAGAGAAGACUCCCUGGAAAAGACCCUGAUGUUGGGUGUGAUGAGGGUACAAGGAGAAGGGGGCAACAGAGGACGAGAUGGUUGGACAGUGUUCUCGAAGCUACCAGCAUGAGUUUGACCAAACUGCCGGAGGCAGUGGAAGAUAGGAGUGCCUGGCAUGAACUGGUCCAUGGGGUCACGAAGAGUCGGACACAACUAAACGACUAAACAACAACAGCUGCUAAAAUUCCUUGCACCAAGACUUUUGUUUUGCCCAGAUUUGUUAUCCCAAGGUUGCUCUACCAUGAAAACCCUGACCUUUGAGUAAGCUAUCCUGGCUACAGCCAAUUUUACCCUUCGCCACUGCAAUUUGAACAUCAAAUGCUGCAUUGUAGGUGGAGCUGGGUGGGUCAAGAAGGUAGCAGGACAUCUUCCAAUAACAAGCUUUGAAGCAGACCACCCCUCUAGAGAGGAAGACGGCUCAAACCAUGUCAAGAUGUCAACUGAUCUCAGCUAAACUGAAGUUCAGGGUUUCCAUGGUAGAAUACCUUGCCACAUGUCUGGAAAGUAGACUGGCUGUUCUUCUGGUGGUAAAAUUAAAGCAUUUGGGCCAAAAUAAUUUCCAAAAGAGGCUUGAGUAGUUGUGCUGGCCUAUUCACAAGACUGGCCAAGAGCAUUUAGAAUCCAGUUCCUACACUUUCAAACUAAGGAAAAUUUACUUUGUUGCACUAGAGAAAGAAGAACUUAUGUAGACGCUUGUUCAGGCUGUUUCCUAACCAAACCUAGAAAAUAAUCAACCAGAGGUAUAGCUUAACAGUGCCAAGCAUCAGUCCAGAAACAAGAAAACCCAUUUUCACAGCUAUUACCCAGCAAUCUUUGCUGCUAGAUACUAGUGAAUCAACCAAUCUUUCAGAGAAACGAGUGAGAUGGUACAUUUUGAAGAAGCCAGUAAGGGCACUACAGAUGUACAGUGGUGCCCCGCAAGACGAAUGCCUCGCAAGACGGAAAACCUGCUAGACAAAAGGGUUUUCCGUUUUUCAAUGCGCUUCGCAGGACGAAUUUUCCUAUGGGCUUGCUUCACAAGACGAAAAUGUCUUGCGAGUCUUGAGAUUUUUUUUCCGCUCCCCCCCCUUUUUCUAAGCCGCUAAGCCUUUAAUAGCCUUUUAGCAGCUAAGCCGCUAAGCCUUUAAUAGCCGCUAAACCGCUAAUAGCGCUAAUCCGCUAAGCCGCUAAUAGCCGUGCUUCGCAAGACGAAAAAACCGCUAGAUGAAGAUACUCGCGGAACGGAUUAAUUUCGUCUUGCGAGGCACCACUGUAGAAUAAUUCUACACCUGUCUACACACAUUAUAAUUGAUUCUAUAAUGAUUAUCGAAUCAGUUCAUUUUUUCAGCUCCCUCUUCUAUGCCAGGAUAUGUGAUGUUCUCAUGUUCUGUACUUAAGGGCUGCAGGGUGCCUGUGCUUGAAUCUGAAUUUAAGAGUAUUCUUCUAAAGUUGGAAACUGUGCAAUAUGCUUUACGUGACUAGUUUUAUUAAUUUGUUUUAAAAACCUUUUUCUUCCUUUUUUCAACUAAUUAUAAUUAUUGGUCACUGUAUUCUACAGGGUUUUUGCAUCCGUUUCUGGAAGCUUGCAGUAAUGAGACCUUUUUUCGCACUUGUUCACUGUUGCUUCGAAACCCUAAGCUAGAUACACAGAUACUGGAAAAACUUAGUAUUCUGCUGCAAAAGCUCUCAAAAAUUAAGUAAGUCUUGUCAACUUUUUCUUAUUAUCCAGUUUUAUUAGCCUCUCUUUGUCAUCUUUUUCAACCCAUUGUCAGGUUCUUGCAUUGUGUAAUAGGCACAUUAACUUUAUUUCCCCCUCAGCAUCAUACUAAUAUUUAAGAGGAAAUGAUGACAAAUGAAUUGUGAUCUCCACUUGAAAAUAAUAACUGUAGGUAAAAAGUGAGUGGGGUAGGGGAAAGUUCCCAAACUUUCAAAUGUAAGCCUUAAAAAUAUUUGUUUAAGCUAAAGAAAUAUUUUUAAUUAUGGUUUCUGAGACAGUAUUACCUUAACCACAAUUCCACAGUUCAUGCUUUGUUAAAAUAUAAUAAUCGGUAAACAUUUUUGUUAGUUUCAACAACCUGCCUUCAGAAACUAUGGUCUGAAGUUGGCUUUUCUUAAGUGAGCCAUAGUUAGUAUUAACCAUAAUUACUGUUAAUCACAGACAAAGCCACAGACUGACUGAUCAAAGAGCUAAAAGCUUCUAAACUCUUCCUGGCUGUGUGUGUAGGCAGAGCAUAUGAGCAAUGGUUUACACAUGUUUCACUAAACCAGUGAUUGGUAAUCCUUGCACCUAGGGGCCAAAUGUAGUCCUCUAUUCCCCUCUGUCUGGCCCUUAGGAUUCUCCUCAGACCAUGGCCCAUUCCUCAGGCCACGUCCCUCACUUCCCUUGAUGCCCUCGAGUGCUUUUCCCUCACUGCAAUGUGUCUUUGAACUAUGAUAACAUCUGUUGUUUGUGUGGAUGGGAGGGUGUGUGUGAGGAUAAACCUCUAGCCUUUCUGUGACUGGAAUUUAGCCUACAGUACAACUGUUGCUCCACCCACAUUUGCCUCUGGCCACGCCCACUUUUUGCCUCUUACCCUGCUCGCUACUGGCAUGUGGCCCUCAGAAGUUUGGCUAUGAGGAAAUACAGGCCUCACAUUUAAAGUUUCCUCAACCCCUACUCUAAACCAUGAUCUAGCACGAUGUGCAAAUUUGGCUGCUGUUGUCAGAUGCCAUUGUGGGAUAAUUUGUAGACACCUUUAUUUAACAAAAAGUUUUCUGUGGCUUUACACUGCUGUUAAGUCCCUUUAUCUUACAAAGCUUCAUAACGAAAACCAAACACAUCUCAAAUCUACUACAGUAUCUGUUAAUACUAAGAAAGGCAUUUAUUUUUACUUCAAACAUUUUUCAGAUGCUAUGUAACUUGUAGUGUUCAGAUAUAAUUGAAAUUCUUCCCGUCCUUCAGAGUGAUCAAAAUGAUGUUCCUUCACUGCAUAACAUUCUUGGAAAAUAAUCUUACAGGGGCAAUAAGAAGAUGUUUGAGCUGUUCACGAUUCACCUGAUGAUUCAAGAGCUACAGAGGACAACGCAUCCAGAUCAUGCUUUCUUAUGUAUUAACCUCAACUCAAUUCUCUUCAAUUUGGGACUGACAAAAAGCAACCCCAAAAGCAAUAGUCUAAAUGGGAGCCAGUAACAGAUUGCAUUUUAUUAAGAUGUUUUCUGAAGCGUGUUGAUUUUAAAUGAAUAAAUGAAGGGGGAAAUGUCACAAUGGACAUAAUCUUUUAUGCCAAUAUGCUCCUCAAAAUAGGCCAAGGACAGUUUGCCAUUUUAUUGAAUACUUGAUUUACCCACCCCCUUUAAAUAUUGUAAGUUUUACAGUGGCCAUGAUCCAGAG